CGUGCCUCGAGCUGUCCAGAAUGCACCACGUAUAUAGACAUCUUUACUCCGAUCCUCCUCCUGCUCAUACCGAUCCAGCAGCUAACAAUCCCGUCCUGUUUUGGAAGGUCUCAGAGACCAAGACAUGCUGCCUGCCUCGAACAGACAAACAAGACCAUCCUAUAACCGAAGCUGCGUGCGAAUAUAAAGAUCCUAUAUCUAUAAACGCACGACUUCCAAGGCUGAAAGUCUUUCCAUGUACCUACGACGGCGUACACCAAAGGGCAAACCGGCAAAGGCAACGAAUCCGUAGAUUUCAUCCCUUACGCGAACUCCAGUCGGUCGGCAAAUCUUACCCUCACAUGUACCCCAUCGAUCGGUCUCUUGAUAAUACUCUUCACCUCCACGAGGAGCCGCGUAAUCCAUUGCAUUAUCCGCACAGCAGGUCGAAUAAUUAGCGCAGCUAGAUUGCUUGCGGCGGCGGAGGAUUACUCGUAGCUGUCCUCCUGAUUACUCGACCUGGUCCAUCGAUUGAUUGAAAACGCGCCUUUGCCUCCGCUUUCCUUCUCGUUGCCAUGAUACUGCCCUUGUGCAGGAAGAGUGCCGUCCUCGCCGUUGUGUUGUCUUCCUCCGUCCUCCUGCUGCACGCCUUCUCGCUGCGCGCCUCGGCGCUCCCCGUCGGGCUAGCGCGGCGCCACCGGCGUGACGCCACGCCCGGCCCGGCGGGUUGCGACGUCUUCAGCGGGAGCUGGGUCCUCGACAACGACGACGGCUCGGCGGCGUCAGCGUACACAGGGUACAACUGCCCGAUGAUCGACACGGAGUUCAACUGCCAGCUCUACGGCCGGCCGGACUCCAAGUACCUCCGGUACAGGUGGAAGCCGGCGGGCUGCGAGCUCCCGAGGUUUGAUGGAGCGGGCUUCUUGACGCGGAUGAAGGGGAAGACGGUGAUGUUCGUGGGGGACUCGCUGGGCCGCAACCAGUGGGAGUCGCUCAUCUGCCUGCUCCACGCCGCCGCGCCACAGUCGCCGGCGCAGCUCGUCUCCGCGGACCCUCUCUACACCUACAAGUUCCUGGAGUACGAGGUGACGUUAUCCUUUUACCGCGCGCCGUACCUGGUGGACAUCGACGUGGUCCAGGGGAAACGGGUCCUGAUGCUCGACGACGUCUCCGAGAACGCCGAGGCGUGGCGCGACGCCGACGUGCUCUCCUUCAACUCCGGCCACUGGUGGACGCACACCGGCACACUGCAGGGGUGGGAUUACAUGGGGGAGUCUGGGCGAUACUACGAGGACAUGGAGCGGAUGGUGGCGUUCCAGCGCGGCCUCACCACCUGGGCCAACUGGGUGGACCUCAACGUCGAUCCAGCCAAGACCCGUGUCUUCUUCCAGUCCGUGUCGCCCACACACUACAGCUCGAAGGAGUGGCCCAAGCCGGUGUCCAAGAACUGCUACGGCGAAACGGCCCCGGUGGCUGGGCUCAACUCGACCUCCAGCCAGGCCUCCGGCCAGGACCAGGUGAUCCAGGCCGUGCUGCGGGGCAUGAAGAGCCCCGUCCGUCUCCUCGACAUCACGACGCUGUCGGCGCUGCGCAAGGACGCGCACCCGUCGGUGUACAGCGGUGACUUCUCGCCGGCGCAGCGCGCCAACCCCGGCGCCGGGUCGGUGGACUGCAGCCACUGGUGCCUCCCCGGCCUCCCGGACACCUGGAACCAGCUCUUCUACACCCUCCUCUUCUACAAAUAGUUAGCUAGCUACUGUUGGAAUGCCAACUUUAUUUUAUUUUUUCGGUGCGUGUAAACUAUCUUUAGUGUGACGUGAUGAUCAUGGGCGUUUACAAGUGGCUGGGGAAAAUGUGUAUGUCUGUUGAUAUUGAAAUGCCAAAUUGUGGAGCUCACGUUAUACACUAUAUGAUUUGUUGCAAAUGGGUGGAUCAGUUUGUGAUAAAUGUGGUUCUUUUUA